AUGAAGAAAAAAAAAACGACGUUGUGGCCACCACUCAAAAUAUCCUACAAGUCAGUUGCAACACACACCAUACUGCUCUACAUUAUGUUGGCUUAUGACCUGGUAAUCGUGAUGAUCGCCACUGGUCUUCUUCGUGCGCUGUUAACUUUUGAUAAGCAAAUCGUCCGAAUGCAUUUAUGCUUUGAUUACUUUGCAUUAGCAUUCAACGUGAUCACAUUGGUACUAUUCCUUCCGGCCUUAUUCUUACCAAAUUCUGAAGGUCGCAAUUUCGCUAAUAUAUUACUGACUGUGUGCUUUCUGACUCAAAUACCACUACAGAUAUGGGCCAUAACGGUGUUGCGUUCAUGUCUGGAAUUCUUCGUUUUGGUGCAUGUAUUGGUUGAAUUGGCGGAGAGAUGA